ACAGACAGAUAGAGAGAAAGAGAAGAGAAGAAGAAGGAGGGAAUCAGCGACAUAUUUCCUGAUUGCAAAAGACGUGCUCCACGACACGGCAGAAACAGGAGUAUUACGCGUGCACGACACACGAUACCGAAUCCGGAGAUUGGUGUUACGGAUACAAAACGACGUAUUCCGAGGCGAACGAUGAGUAAUGGUGUCCUAGGUGUGUGCGCCUGUGUCUGCUCGACGCGGAAUCGUUAAUGUCUUCGAGCCUGGUGUGCGGUUAUGUAUUACAUCCGCGCCGGUCAGAGGGAUCAGAUGAUGGGAUGAAAAAGAAAAGGAGAGAGAAAGAAAAAUUGGAAAUACCCGAGCAGGGCGUCGAACGACGCUCGAUUUCAGUGAAAGUGAAUCGUUGUGUAUAGGGAGCACAAAUAGGUGUAUAAAAUCAGGAACCGAAACGAGUGAUGGCACAUUCGAAUCCGCGCCAUUUGAGAGCAACGAUGAGGACCGCGUACGUUGUGUUUCUCCUUUUGGUGGGCCUUUUAGUGGUAGCCGGGAAAGCCGAGACAGCCGGGAAACAGGCGAGAAAGACGAAGCGAGGAAUCCUGUUGGCCACGGCGGGAUCACCGGUUGCUCUGGACUUGGCCUCGAGACACGAUGGCGGUUUCGAAUCGAACGGGUUCGGAUUAACGGGACUGGCCGAUGGAUCCGGGACUGGCCAACUUUCUGGAGGAUUGGUAGGCGGUGGAGCCAUCGUUCACCAAGCGCCAGUCCUCGUUCAACGGUAUCCCUCACUGUCAGGGCCUGCUUAUUAUUACUCGAGGCAGUCAGUGCCCGUGGUCAGGGAUGUUCACAUGCCCCAUCAGAGGCCAGCAGCUGCCCAGCCACCUGCCGUUAGAUUACAGGCCUCUUCUCAGCCGAUCUCGGUUUCCCAACACGUCAAUAUUCCUCAGACGACGGUCCCCGUCGUGUCUCAAUCCGUUCCCGUCGUCGUGUCCGCCGUGUCCUCCAGCUCAGCUGGAACCGGCUUCUCUUCCAGGAUCGAUUCCAGCGCCACCAGUGGCGGUGUCGCUGUGGCCGGGUCUUCUGGCCUGGCUUCCUCUGGCUUAGCGGCUACCGAUCUCGGCUCCAGAGGCUUGAUCCCCAAUCUUGGAUACCCUUCGUCUGGAGGGAUUGCUGCUCUUGGAGGAGUUGGCACUCUUUAAAAGGAAGGAAAUCGAUGGAACGGAACAGGAAAAAGGUUAAAAUGAAUUUUCUAUUUCGCGCAAAUUAAAGUUUUUCUUAAAGUUUGUAA